GUUUUAACAACCAAACUAGUUAGGCUAACGGGUCGGUAAUUCUGAAGUUUAGAUUUUAUACCUGUUUUGAAGACAAGAAUUACUAUGGAAUUCUUCCAGUCUUUUGGUAAAUGACCCUGGGUAACAGCUAAUUCCUUUAAUAACCUAGGGUGCAUUGCCCAGUGGAUUUGCCUAUAUCAAGCUUAUUCAGCAGACCAAAGACAUCGCGCGUGAACUGAACAUUUGCAGUACGUAAUAAAAGUAGUUUUUUCAACAGUGUUGACUGAAUAGGAGAAGAGGGAAAUUAUUAGAUAUAUGCUCACAAAGGAAACCAGCAGUCCUAGUUAACGAUGUCACGUCUGUCAGUUAACCACAAGUUAGAGACCAUUGUAUCAUUGGAUACGAAAACAAAAGAACUGAUUGUUGAAAUCGAAAACAUUAGUAAAGGAAUCAAUAAUACGAAAUCUUGUCGAGAAAAACUAGAUUGUUACCAAACUAAAAUUAGAGAGAAUCUCGUAACUAUUAAUUCGAUUUUGGAUGAAUUGCAAACGUUCGGACGUGAAACAAACAUUUCAUCUACAAACAGGACACUGUAUGAAGCAAUUGUUCAGAAUAAAAAACAACUCUUUACACUGCAGGAUCGAUAUCGUAAAGCUAUCUUUGCAGCCAAUUCAACUUUAGAAACUGUUGAAAAGGCUGAACUUACUAAUCGUUCGUCAAGAAUUGAAAUCGGUAACAAAAUUUCCAAUUUAGAAGAACAAUAUCAAAACUCAUUGGAACUUACUCAAGAUAUGACAAGGUAUGCUAGACUUCUAGCGGAAGAAGUUCAACGUGGAGCUGUUAAUGCUGAAUUACUUGAAAAUUCAUCAAAUAAAUUAAUCUCGAAUUAUUCUGAACUGAAAGAAAUGGCUGGACAUAUGAAUCAGUCGAAACAUUUAACAUCGUUAGCUCGUCGGCGUCGUUUUACAGAAAGAGUGCUUUUCUUUCUAGCAUUUUCAUUUUUCUUUUUAAGUUGUGGAACUAUAUUUUUACAUAGGAUACCUAUGGGACAUUGGUUUUUGCCAUCUAGUUAUUAGUUUUCUAAUAAUUGUCUAGUUUUCUAUGGAAUUAUUUAUGCAUAAUUAAAUUGAGUUACUUGUACAUCUUCUUUGCGUUGUCCUUUACCUAUUACAUUAUUUCCUUAAUUCUGUUAUCUCGAUUCCUCUUCGGCUUCCUUUCUAUACUCUGCAAUUCAAUUUCCUGCUACCAGGCAUUCCACUUCCGAUUGGGGAUACAUACUACUUAUAUCUGUCAGCCCAAGUAGCAUACACCAGAUGUAUAUUACUACAGAUUCAAUUUUUUAUGUAUAAAAACUACUGUUCGUCUUAAUUUCAAUGUAUAAAUUAAACUAAUAUUUCUGAAUGUUUGUUUUUGGUUAUUUUUGUAUAACUGUAUGGAACAAAUAUAUUAAUUUUUUCAUGUGGUAAGCUACCCAAAUUGAUUAUCUUCUUAUCAGCCUAACAGAAAUUGAUUGUUCAGCAGGUCGAUCAAUCUGUGCUAAUCUUUCCAG